CACAGGUGUUCUGUGUUUUGCUUCAACUUUUUCGCAAUUUUUUAGUUUAACAAAGGUUUAUCUCGCCCAGUUCUCAAACAGCUCUCGAGGAAAAUGUACAAAUUUACUCUCGCUUUCUGUGCGGUUUUGCUUUGGCAAUGCACCUGGGGCCAGGUGGAUACAAUGGAUGAUUUUUCUGGCGAAUCCGAAAUCGAAGGUCGGACUAAUUUUGACGAUGACCUCCGUGAGCUUGUAGAGUUCUUCCGUUUACAAAUGCCUUGCGGUUACGAACCGGCAGGCAUACCACCGUUAGCGCCACUGAAAGCGAGUUACCGGGAAUUCCAGUUCACUACAGACAGAGCAGACAUAAGUGGCAAUGUCACCAAUCUCAAUGUCGAAGGACUGGACGUGUUCGACGUGCGUGAGCUGCAUUUUAAUAAUGUUCUACACAAAGUACGUUAUGAUUUCAAUUUCCCUGAGAUUUUCUUCACCGGCCUUUACAAAACUGACAUAAUUACUAAAUUGUUCGGUCCUGCAGUGCAUGUUUUUGGUGACGGCAAGUUGAAUUUGACGCUGAAGAAUUUGCGACUCUAUGGCAGUUUCAUAUUACGUCCAAAACUCUCGGGCGGUGUGAGAAUGAUUAAAUUCAAAAUAAAUACAGAGCUUGGUGAUGUGGAAUCUAAAUUAACUGGUUUCAUGAAUAGUACACUAAAGACGAGACUCAUUAAUGCUUGGAUUGAAGAGUUCAUUAGUUUGACAUUCAACGACAGUGAAGAGGAUGUCAACGCUGCUCUACAACGUUGGGUUGCGUCACCUGUAAAUGAUGCUUUGGAUAAAGUGCCUGUACUUGCUGUGCUCGCCCUGCUAUUUGGCAUCAUUGAUGGUUCACUGCCACAGGAGACUUUGUGUUAGAGAUAUUUUUUUGUGAAAUUUUCUGUAUAAAUAAGAUUUAUUAUGGACUUGUCUUCAAUUAAAUAAACGCUGGUGUUUCUUAUAUCU